GGUAAAAGAUGGCUGCCACCAUUGAAUGUGGGGAAGGUAUUAGUACUUCAGACAGCGCGAUGUAUGUAAAAAAAGUUUUGUCUGCGGCUUCCCCUCUUACUCUUAAGAUUAUUGCUGAAUGUCCAGUGACCAAAGCAAGAGCCUGUGAUUUAAUACUGCCUCACAGCACCGUCAGCACGCCCGUUUUUAUGCCCGUCGGUACACAGGGGACAGUGAAGGGGAUCACUGCUGAUCAGCUGGGAAGUCUUGGAUGUGAAAUUUGUCUGGGGAACACGUAUCACCUCGGCAUGAGGCCGGGCCCUGAUUUGAUAGAGAGAGCCAAUGGUUUACAUAGUUUUAUGAACUGGAAGAGAAGCAUUUUAACAGACAGUGGAGGUUUUCAGAUGGUGUCUCUUGUUGAACUCUCAGAGGUCACAGAAGAAGGAGUCAAAUUCCAGUCUCCCUACGAUGGCAAAGAGAUCUUAUUAAGUCCCGAAAAGUCCAUCAGUAUCCAGAACAGUUUAGGGUCCGACAUUAUGAUGCAGCUGGACGAUGUUGUCAGCAGCACUGUGAAGGGACCACGGGUGGAGGAAGCCAUGCACAGAUCCAUUCGUUGGCUGGAUCGCUGCAUAGCGGCCAAUAAAAACCCAGAAAAACAAAAUCUUUUUGCUAUCAUUCAGGGGGGACUGGAUGCAGAGCUGCGCAAGGCCUGUCUGAAUGAAAUGACUCAGCGGGAUGUUCCGGGUUUUGCCAUUGGAGGUUUGAGUGGAGGAGAGGAGAAAGACGACUUCUGGAAGAUGGUCACGCUGAGCACCAACCACCUGCCGCGAGAAAAACCUCGCUACCUGAUGGGUGUUGGGUACUCUGUGGACUUGGUGGUGUGUGUUGCUUUAGGAUGCGACAUGUUCGACUGUGUCUUCCCAACACGCACUGCAAGGCUUGGCUCUGCCUUGGUGCCUUGGGGAUCUCUCCAGAUGAAACAUAAACAGUAUGCCAAGGAUUUUCAACCCAUAGAUCCAGACUGUCAGUGUCCAACCUGCAAGMGACACAGUCGGGCUUACCUGCACGCUUUGUUUAAGAGUGACACCGCCGCCAUGCAUCACAUCACCAUCCACAACAUUGUUUACCAGCUCAGCCUGAUGCGCUCGGUGAGGCAGAGCAUCAUGGAAGGCAGAUUCCCAGAGUUCAUCCGGACGUUCAUGAAGCGAAUGUUUCCCUCUCGGGAUCAGUACCCCAGCUGGGCUGUGGAGGCUCUGGCUUCUGUUGGCGUGACUUUGGAUUAGAACUUUGAAGUCAGCAGUGGAGAAAACUAUCAAACAAAGACGAACACACACACAACAAAAGAACAAAACUAUUUUAUAUUUUUUUAAAUGAUCCUUUGGUCCUCCAUUUUAUCAAUAUGAAAUUUAAUUGGCUUUAAAUGUGAUUUUGAAAUGCAUGAACUGUGCCCACCCACCUGAAAUUUAACUUUCCUGUCAAACUUUUUUAGCUUUUYCCCCCUUAAAUAUUAAGAAAGAUAAAUAAGUUUUGAAUUGGGCACUUUAAGCUUUGGUCUUUGAAUGUAAAUCUGAAUAUUAGUUGUUGUUUUACUCAAAGUGAUAAAUGGUCCCAGCCUGUUGCAGGUUGAAGGUUUGCUUCAUGAUGACCACCAGAGGGCGAAACAGAUGCAGGCUGUCUGAUCGGUUUGUCUCAGUUUUCUAAUAAAGUAUAAAACUAAACUCAAAAUAAAACAAUUAGACCGGACAGGUUGGAUUGCAUGUAGGAGCGUACAAUCAUAAUCUCAUCAAAUCACCCACAGUCCAAACUGCAUCUAAUUAAAUCGUAUCAAAUUAUUAUUUUUUUGUAAUCGCGAGUCGUCUCGUUGGUUUAACAGGCAAUUAACAUUUUGGAUUGUGUGAGCGUUCUGUUCCGUUUGGAGCUGACAGAAGUGUGGAUUUGUUAAAGCUGGCUUGUGGGGGAUUAAUAUUAAUUAAUGAAAGGUUAAUUUGAAUAGCAUCUGUUGUCUGGGACCUCCAGUCAACAGACCUCCUGAGCACCACAUUUGAAUUUCAUUCCUCCUGUUAUGACCAGAGGCUCUGUCAGAAUAAUGCUGCUUUCUGUUCUGAGUGGCAGAUAAACUAAUAUGWAGCUCAAAAACAAAAGUGCAGCGCUGCAUUAGAAAUUGUAGGUUUGUUGCAUAAUGACAGCAGUUUGCAAAUCUAAGACAGGCUGUGAACAUGACAGAUUUAUGUAGUGACCUUUACAGGGGUGCCACCAAGUGGGGCUGGAGGGGGUCAAUUACCACUCCAAUMAAACUGUGGACUUUCUUUUACAACGAUUCAAUAUUACUUGAAAUCUGUUUGACUCUCUAAGGAAGGCGUGUAAGCUCAAAUGCAUGUGGGUAGAUUUUACUGUUCCAGAAGAUUAUGAAAAAAAAAGCUAUUUUACACAAUUUUAAGAAGAGUCAUCGAGCCUUUUGAAUUUGAGCUCAUCUUAUGUUGAAAACAAAAAGUUAACCCAUUCAGUAUACUGAGAAGUCACGUUCAGAAUAUAUGUGCCGGAUUCUACAACCAUAUCAAAUUUUUAGCUCAAUAUUUCUAUAAUGUAUAUUUAUAGUUAUAUUUAUAUAUUUAGAUGAGUUGGUUGUGAUGGUCAUCUUGAAUUCCUCCAGACGUUAAUCUGCUCUAGAUGUACAUCAUWUGAUUCUUUUCUGAAAGCUUUAAUAAAAACCAUCCAUUGA